UUAAAAAAAAAAUCACCAAUGGAUAACUCAGAAUCUCCAAUUUUUCAUUAGAGUGCCCAAAAACAAGCUAAAAACCGAUGAAAACGACGCCCGUGAGCACUCCAACAAGAGAAACAAACUCAAAUCAUCUACAAAAAUAAGUACAUGAGCAUCCUCUUUUCUGCAUCCUGCCAAAGACUGAUCACAUGACUUUGUUUCUUGUGAACGGACUAAAAGAAAGAACUGCUCAUCCUCAUCACUCACUCACUCACUCACUCAUGCCACCAACCAAUCACCAACAUUUCAAGCUUAUAACACACUCCUACAACACCUUCACAGUACGAACCAGAAGAAUUUCUCCCACAGAGAAGAUGAUGAGCCCAAUAGUCUUCCUUGUCAUCCUCCUACCGGCAACUCUAGCCAUCAAAUCAAACUCUCUUGAAUCUGGUCAUAAACUGCUCUCCAACAUCACUGUGAUGGGCUUUGUCUACUGUGACACCUGCUCAAAUAAUACCUUCUCCAAACACAGCUAUUUCCUACAAGGAGCUAAAGUGCAGAUAUCAUGCAAGUUCAAAGUGAGUUCUUCUUCAGGAGCAGAGAUAUCAAUUGAUGCUGAAAGAAUGACAGAUAGAAUAGGCUUCUACAAGCUUGACAUACCUCCUGUUGAUGGAUUUGAAUGCAAAGAAGGCCAUGAGAUCCAGUCAUUCUGCAGGGCAAACCUGAUUAAAAGUUCUUCGCCUUCAUGCAACAUUCCAGGAUUGAGGAGUUCAACAGGGCAUGUAGCAGUGAAGUCAAGAGAUGCCAACAUCUGUUUCUUCAACUUGAAUGCAUUGAAUUAUAGGCCUGCAAAGAUAAAUUAUGAUCAGUGUGCAACCAAAGGAGAGGUAUAUCCUACUAAUGCUUUGAAUUCAUCCUUGUUCUUUUGGCCACCUUUUAUACCGUUUGUGUUUCCGUGGCCUCAUUUGCCACCGUUGCCUUUCCCGUUCCCUCCAUUCCCUUUCCCACUUCCUUCUUGGUUUCCAUUUCCCAACUCUCCAUCUACAGAUACACCAGCAUUUCCCUUCCCACUUCCUCCAAUUUCAUCAUUCUUCCCUCCGUGUUCAUGUUAUGCCCCUCCAUCUCUUACUCCAUCCGCUGGUCAACCCUCACCUCCAUCCACACUUUCCCCAACCUUUUCAUCUCCUUCUAGUCAACUACAGAACAAGCAUCCAUAACUCUGUUCCUUCAGGACUAAUUUCUGGUUAGCUCUUCCAUAAUUUGUGUUUGAUCAGCUUAUGAUUAUCUUGUUCUUCAGCAGUUUGAAAAUCUCAUGAUUUGGGACUAUGUAUUUGUGAAUUUAUUUAUUUUUGGUGCAUUUGAUAUGUAAUUAUGAGAUGCCACCAUUUCCGAAUGUUUUGAA